GGUAACACCUGCACACCUAAAUCCGCUGCUAAUACGGUCAUUACAUGGCGAUUCAGAAACUCAUGGUGUUGAUCCCCGCGGCCAAGCCAUAAGGCGCCAAGCAUUUCAAAAGGUCGACCACGUCCAACUCCGCCGCAGUUCAACGUUCAACCGACCUGCCAUUCAGCAUCUUACCUCGACCUCAAUCCAGUGUCCUGUGUUCUAUACCCACUCCACUCCUUCGAACCGCUGCAAAAGCAUAAGGUAUCUUAUUCUCAGUUCCCCCAAGUUUUCUCUGUGGUACGCUACGGACAUUUUUAUCAGUGCCAUUGUCUGCACAAUCAGAACUCAGCCCCACUACCCGGCAUCGAUGGGAAACCUCUGCUCGAGGUCGGCCAAUGAGCCCGAUCACUUCUCCACCCCUGGGAGGACAGUCGGAUCAAGUACACCGGCACAGAAUCAGCCCAGCUCUGCUCCUGUCCCCCAGAAGGUGACUACGAGCACUCCCGGCAGGACUCUGGGCGGGGUGGAGCGGCCUACAGGGCCGGACGAUCCAAGGAGUGCUGCGGCACGAGCAGCAGAGGAACGAGCCGCCAAAGCGAACAAGACCAGUGGCAAACUCUCUGCCCAAUUGUCAAGCCAGAAGAAGCAGACCCAGAAUCAGUUGCUCAAUUCGGGUUCUCAGACAGAGAGGAGAACGAGAGAUGCCGACCAAACUGCAGAAGCUCGCAAUUGGAACUAGCCAUGUCCCUCUACUCAACGGCCUUGUACAGUGAGAGAGGUCGAUCUGGAGCGGAACCAAUGACCGGUGUCAACUUUGGGGUGAGCCGUGGCUUGCAAAGGCUGCCACGGUGGCCUUUGAAGUCGGUAGUGGCCAUGGAUGAUGGACCCCGAACCGCACGUUGCCAAACCUUGCUGUUUGAACUCUGGCAUCCACUGAUCCAUUGCGAUGCACGGGAUCCACAAGCAGAGUGGUGCACAACAGCUUUGACAACCUUCACUGACCGACGACCGUGUUGGAACUAUGCACAGCCCUGCUGCUAGUGUGUGGUUCGGCAUCGAAAGUCUGUUGCCUUUUCUUUGCCCUGGUUGAGUGUGGCAUUCAGUCUCAGGUGGCGAAGAUUUUCUGGGGUCAGUUCGCUGCCCCCAGAGGAGGGUGUCUCGUUCAGAGGCGGGACGGAGAACCGCAGGCGUGCAGACGGCGUUUGAUGGCCUAGAAAGCCCUUUUUGGGCGAUAAAGAGAAUUCAUUUCAAUUGGACAUGAUUGCCAUACUACAGUACAUACAACAAUCUCAAGUAUAUUCUUCAUUUGAAGCUUGGGGAGUGCAGCAGCAAUCGAGUCGCAUUGCAAAUGUGUGGAAGCUUGAGCGAGGUGCACUUCGCGGGCUUUGGGUUCAAAGGUGACGGGCGCAGGCAGCUCUGGUCCCUGGAGCAGAAACUGCGCCUAAAUUUCCCCGGGGCAGUCACUGAGCACCUGCAGCAGGCAUUACAGUCCCUAAGAAUUUGAACCUUGGAAAGCCCCAGGUUGCUCCUAACAACCUGUCCCGAGCAUCUCAGGCUCUCUCAAUCCCUCUCAGACUUGCAGACCUUACUACUACUAGUAGUACCAAUCCUGUCGUUCUUGUUUCCCUCUGUACAGCAAUCUGACCUUUGAACAAGGAAACGUGGUCUGCACGAAUACGAGCCAUGCUUUGCCCGCUCGUCCCUUUCUUGUAUGAUAUCUAUCUGUUCUCUUCCCUGACUGCGGUAUAGAGCCCAAUCCAGCCCGCCAACA